GCGUGAUGCAACACACACACACACACACGCCCUGACAGCAGGUGCCUAUAAAAGCAGCUGCCGGUGUGUGUGUGUGAGUGUGUGUGAGAGACACAGUGAGACGGUGCUCUGACAUGAACCUCAUCCUGCUCUCCUCUCUGCUCUACCUUGCCUGCAGUGUGCUCAUCUCUUCAGCUUCAUCUGCCACUCACACCUCUGAGCUGGGUCAUGUGACUGUGAUAUCAGCAUCUGGGGAGGGGCUUCAGAGUGCAGCAGGGGAGGAGCCAGAAUCUGAGGAUGGACCUUCAGGACUGUCUACAGGGCCACCGUUAAACAGAGGUCGAGGUGGCCGCAAGAAACAUGGUUGGAAAAAGAGGAAUAAGGCCCAGAUGAGUGCGAGACAGAGAAACAGCACACCUGCACAGAAUCUCACCAACAGCCCAGCCCAUAGUGCCUCCCAUAGCUCCACCCAUAUCACCAACCACAGCUCCGCCCCUGACCCCUGUCGUACCUCCCACCGAGAGUACUGCAUCCAUGGCUACUGCACCUACUUACACGACCUAAAGGAGCCUGUCUGUGUGUGUAUGAAGGGGUAUGACGGUGUGCGAUGUGGUAUCCAGCUGCUACAGACGGGUUCGGGGUCUGUGGGGCGGGACGAUCACCAUGAUGACACACUGCACAUCACACUCAUCACCAUCACAGUCGUCCUGUCAAUCAUCAGCUGCUCCGCCCUCCUGCUCAUCAUCUGUGUGCAUUACCGAGCUCAGCACAGUUUCCAGGCAGCUUUGCUCAGUGCUGCAGAUGAAAGUGACAAGCUGCAGAAGUAUAACAGCGCAGUGUGACACAGCAUCUCCUGCAGACACAGCAGAAUGGGUGGAGCAUGCAUGGACACACAGCUUCAGAAAAACACGCUAGGCGCUUCACCCUGAAUAUUUAUUUAUUUAUUGGAAAUGUAGAAACAGCAGCAGUGCGUGUAAUGUAGAGCUCCCUCUGCUGCCUGUACAGAGAAUGACACCACUACACAUGCCUAGAGGCUAGAACAGAAGAAGGGGGCGUGGCUAAUUUCAGCACCAGAAUACUAUAAACUAAAUCUUAAUGAAAGAUGGCGGCUCACACUGCUGUGGAAUCCCCGCUCUGCUCUGAUAUCUCUAAACAUUUCAGUUUCGCUCCUGCUCUGAUUUUUAACCAAAUGAUGCUAGGUUAAAGGUGCGGCUCAUUCGCUAAGAGUAUAAACACAGUAUGGUGGCGUAACCACGGUAACCAGUUUUUGUGUAGAUUGCCAAUAAAAGUAUUAAAAUCAA